GUAUCCUAGGGUUUAUAAAUUCUAACGACCUCCACGAACGACCACACUUGCCCACCUUGGCGGGCUCCUUUUUUCUGUCUUGCUUUGCCCGUUUGCCUUCGACUGUUCCAAAUUUUCUACGCUGGUCUCUGCGUCUGAAGCUUCUAAAUGUCUGACUCCUGACCAAUUUCGAGCAAACCGUUCAAAGCUACCAUCCACUUAUCAGCAGCACUAUUGAUCGCCUCGGUGUCGGCAUCUCAUAAGAAGAAUGUCUACGCCGAUAGGUGAUUCCAUGUCUUCCCCUGUCGAUUCACUAACAAUGAGCUUCGGCUUAGUUCCUCCAACAGCUGUUCCUGCAAUCCUCGAUUGCAUUUUAAGUUCUACUAGAUUAUCUCCGUCCUUGCUUUUCUCCUCACUCCUGGAUGCUUUUUCGAAUGUUAUAAAGGACGAUUCCAAGGAGGAGCACGAGAAACUGGAUUCUGCUUACUCAAGCCGCAUAGUGUCCUUUGCGAGUGCACUCUGUCACCUUCUGAAGAAAUCCGGGACUAAUCCUGAUUCUCUGCGAUCUUUUAUAUGGAAAGGUUUCUUUCCAGUAAUUAAAAUAUAUUCUAAUGAUUAUGAGUUACUUAACCAGAUUGCAGAAUUACUCUUCGCUAUUGUGGUUGAAACAAAUACCUGGGGGGUCUUGGAAGCAACCUUGGUGCCCAUUUGCUUGAUGUCUAUUGGCCAUUCUCUGGGCAUGUUACAAAACGAAGACUCAACCAUCUUUCAAUGGGAUAUGCAAUCAAUUAUUCUGGAGUCAACUGAUAAGCUCAGUUAUUUGAAUAUAGAGAAAGAGUUGCUGCUCUCUCACUUUGGAUCGUUGCCAUUGCCUGUAUCAUGCCAUAUUUUAACUUCACUAUUAUUUUCUGCUCUAAGAAGUCAUCAAGCAGUACACAACACAUCAGAACCAGUGGUGGCUAAUGGGUGUUGUGCAGGAAAUUUUGCUGGAAAAUUGCUUUGGCAUCUAUGUGAUAUGUCAAUCCAAAUACUUUUACAAUCUUCUGAACACCGCUUCUGUGCGAUCCACCUUCUCCUUCCAUUUGUUUUCAGGGCAUUUGUUUCUCACAGUCAUUUUGAAAUUGCAGUACAUGGGAAGAAGCAUGUCCUUUCCAGGGAGUACUUAUUUACAAAAAUAUGGAAGUGCUGCAAAACACUCUUGUCUCUUGGACCUUUAGAGCGAAGGGAUGCAUAUAAUGUUUUGUCUCUAUAUUUGUCUUCCUCACUUCAUAUGGAUGGGUGUGAAGUUUCUGUGUGUAAUGGGGAAGAUAAUUUGGAUUUAAAAUCUGAAAAGGAGUUUUGGGAUGAAAUAAAAAGAGGCCUGGUUGAUAAGGAAGGUUUUGUGAGGAAGCAGUCAUUUCACAUACUUAAAACAGCAUUAAGCAGAAGUGGUGGAAGCCAAUGCUGCAGUGGUGUUUCAGAAGCAACUUCAUUUGAAAAAAGUUCAACUUCUUGUGGUAUGACAAAGAGAGCACAGUGGGCUGAAAAGGAAGCCAAGUCAUUGGGCGUGGGGAAAAUAUACAAUUCAGCCAGUCCCUGCUUGAAUAGCCAACAGAGAUGGGACGCAUUCCUACUUCUAUAUGAAAUGCUUGAAGAAUAUGGGACACACUUAGUUGAAGCAGCUUGGACUCACCAGAUAACAUUGCUGCUUCAUUUUUCUUGUCCACAUGAUUAUUCACUGAACUCCAAAAUUGAAGGAUCUUACCAAUUCCAGAUGGAAACUUUAGAGGGAAUCUUUAGCUGGUUAGCAGUUUUAUGGGAGCGAGGCUUUUGCCAUGAAAAUCCUCAAGUUAGGUGCUUGAUCAUGCAGUCAUUUUUGGGCAUUGAUUGGAAGAAUCAUGGGGAAUGGGCUAAACUAGUGCCUAAAAGUUUUGUACUCGGUCCUUUUAUACAAGGACUGAAUGACACUGUGCACCACAAGGAUUUUGGUGUAAAAGGAAUUUAUUCUUCAACAACAAUUGAAGGUGCAGCCAGUUUUUUCUGUCAGUUCUCCAGUUAUCUUUGUGGGAGGGAAUUGGUUGCAUUUCUGUUCAAUCUAGCAUCUGUUGCUAAAGUGGAGUCCUUUGGGAGGGCUGGAUUAAUGGCUCUUUCUGUUUGCAUUGCUUCAGCUGCUUGCGGAGCUGAGGCACCUUGUGAAAGGGAAGCACAGUUGUGUGAAAAUGAUUCCUUUAAUACAGUGCAAGUGGAUUCAGAUUCUUCUGAAGAAUGUGUGCUCAGCAAUUGCAAGGCAGACUUAUUAGAUGCUCUGAGGCUUAUUAUUGAAGGCGGCAAACAACAUUUUAAUCCUAAUUAUCGUCUUCGAGUUUGUGAGAAAGUACUAGAGGUUGCUUGUUCCAUGAUGUGUCCCUCUGAUGUGCCUCUUGAGAUACUCAUGCAUUUUUUAUCUUCACUGCCACGAGAGUUCACGGAUUUUGGUGGUGUUUUAAUUUUUCUGUUGAUAUUCUGGAGUCCAGGUUCCUUUAGAGGAAAAGUACAAAAAUGGUUUUCUGGGUGCAAUAAGAAGGAUAAUGGUUCAAGUACCUUCAGUGCCAAAAUGCAGGUUUUGAAGAGUCUUCAUGACUUCCCUAAAAGAUUCAUAAAUCAUCAUUAUUCCCAUGAUACUUACGAUGAUGAAGAUUUGAAAGCUUGGGCAUUGGAGGCACAAAGAUGGACAAGGUUGCUUUUUCUAGUAUUCACAGAGGAACAACAUUUCGAACCUAUAUUCAUGUUUCUUCAGAACUGUGGCAUUAAUAUAUGCAAUCAAAAAGAUAAUUUGGAAUGGAUUCCUGUGAAGUUUCUCAUCCUUGCCUUUAGCUUAGUUCAAGAGUUACAGAUGGUACAGGAUAAGUACACUGAUUUUACAAUGAAAGUUCGAAGUCACAUGGCAGUUGACAUGCCCCAAAGCUAUGAUGAAUUAAGUACAGAAGAAACUUUCAUUGUUUCUGAAAAAGUUAGAACACCUUUUCUUUUUAUAUUGGAGGAUUUUGUGUCAUUUGCCAAAUCAGCUUGUUCCAUAUUCUGGUCAAGUCCUAUAAUUGAGGAUUUGCUUUUACCUUGUUCUGUCAGAGGCAAGCUUGGAGGACCUAGUCAACGACGCUUGGCUUCUUCUACAACAAUGGCUGUGUUGCAAGCUAUAGAGUCCAUUCGAACUAUUGCAUCCAUCUCAUCUUGGUGUGCUCGUUUCCAAAAUGACAGUUUUCUUGGUUAUGCUUUUACUUUCUUAUGGCGUUCAUUUGCAAGAAUUAUUUCUUGUCCAACAUUUGAUUCAGAGAUGGGAGCAGAAAUUCGUCUUGCAUCAUAUGAAGCAUUGGUUCCUGUUUUGAAAGCACUAGGUUCUGCUUUUCCUUUGUGGGAUUUUAAUUCAAUAAUGACCAAUGAUGAAUCUUUGCUGCCUAAAUUAGAGGGCAAGCCGUUGCUGGAUUCUUGGGUUUCAAAUUUUCUUAAUAACAUCAAUGAUCUCCUUGCGGUUGGAAUUUUGGCACGAAGUCGAAGGGCAGUUUUGAUGAACUGGAAGUGGCACUGUCUUGACUCUUUAUUGUCAAUCCCAUACCAUGCCAUCAAGAAUGGGGUUCAUCUGUGCAAUAAUGCUACUUUUUUCUCAGAUGCAGCUCUUAGAUGCAUUUUUUCUGAUAUUAUUGAGAGCCUUGAGAAUGCUGGUGAAAAUUCUGUGCUUCCCAUGCUUCGAUCUGUUAGAUUUGUUUUGGGAAUUUCUGCAUCAGAAAGGAUCUCUUCGCUUGUUUCCUCAUGUGAUGGUUUGGAUAUCCAGAUAAUGUGGCAGUUAGUACAUUCUUCUUGGUUACUACAUGUCAGCUGCAACAAGCGUAAAGUUGCACCUAUUGCUGCACUUCUAUCAUCUGUUUUGCAUAUUUCUGUGUUCUGUGAUGAGAGCAUGCAUGAAACAGCUGAUAAUGCUCAAGGUCCUCUGAAGUGGUUUGUUAAGAAAAUUCUUGAUGAAGGUGGAAAAAGUCCCCGUACCAUUCGUCUUGCUGCAUUACACCUGACAGGCUUAUGGCUCUUAUAUCCAAGAAUCAUAAAGUACUACAUUAAAGAGCUUAAGUUGCUUGCACUCUAUGGUUCUGUGGCUUUUGAUGAGGAUUUUGAAGCUGAAUUGGCUGAACAAGAUGCAAGGACAGAGGUCUUAUUACUAGCUAAAAGCCCAGAUCCUGAGCUCACUGAAGCAUUUAUCAACACAGAAUUAUAUGCACGCGUGUGUGUUGCUGUUCUCUUUGAAAAACUAGCAGACUUGUCCGAUGGGUCGGGAUUGAUGAAGAGAAAUGAAGAUUGUUCUGCUGCCCUUGAAUCUGGAAAGUUGUUUCUAUUAGAACUCAUUGAUUCUGUGGUGAAUGACAAAGAUCUUUCGAAGGAGCUAUAUAAAAAAUAUAGUGCAAUCCAUAGGCGUAAAGUUCGUGCAUGGCAAAUGCUAUGCAUAUUGUCACGGUUUGUUGAUGAAGAUAUAGUUCAAGAAGUAACCUCUAGUUUGCACAUAUGUUUAUAUAGAAACAACUUGCCUGCUGUUCGACAAUAUUUGGAAACAUUUGCAAUCAAUAUUUACUUGAAGUUUCCUUUUCUAGUCCGGGAGCAAUUAAUUCCUAUUUUCCUUGACUACAAUAUGAGGACGCAGGCGCUCUCUUCGUAUGUUUUUAUAGCAACUAAUAUUAUCCUCCAUACGAGUGAAAUGCUUCUUCAGUUUAGACAUUUGAAUGACUUACUUCCUCCUAUAAUUCCUUUGUUAACCUCUCACCACCACAGUCUACGUGGGUUUACUCAGUUGCUAGUGUAUCAUGUCCUUUGCAAGUUGGUACCUGAGUUGGAUUCUGAUGUUUCUGAAGUCCCUUUGGAGAAAAAGUGCUUCCAGAGUUUAAAAUCAUAUUUAAUGAAAAAUUCUGACUGCAUGAGGUUAAGAGCAUCAAUGGAGGGAUUUCUAGAUGUAUUUAGUCCCAAGGCCUCUACUAUACCUGCUGGAAUUUUUACAGCUCGAGAUGAGGAAUCGGAGUUUGAAUGCGUCCCAUUAUCCCUCAUGGAGCAAGUGAUUGCAUUUUUAAAUGAUGCCAGGGAAGACCUUAGAUGUAAUAUGGCUAAGGAUAUUGUGACCAUCAAGAAUGAAAGUUUGACAAUUGGAGGAAGUUGUAAUGGCAUGGAAAUAUUAUUAAAGGGUUAUGAAGAAGCAUUACCUUCGCAAGUUCCUAAAGAUUUGUCUUUGGAUUUCCAAAAGAAAGUUACUCCUAAACAUGAGAGUCAAGACAGUGAUGAAUAUUGCCAACCACUUCUAGCAGAAAUGGAGAAAGAAGAUCAGCUGCUAAGUCAGGUACUGCAGUCAAGAACUAUAACUAUGGAAAGGAUAAAAUCAAGUCGACAACAGUUAAUCCUUGUAGCAUCACUACUUGAUCGCAUACCUAACCUUGCUGGAUUAGCACGGACAUGUGAGGUAUUUAAAGCAGCAGGUUUGGCCAUUGCUGACGCAAGUAUUAUAUCUGAUAAGCAGUUCCAACUCAUCAGUGUGACAGCUGAGAAGUGGGUCCCCAUCAUAGAGGUCCCACCAAGCAGUGUGAAAGUAUUCUUAGAGAGAAAGAAGCGAGAGGGUUUCUCAAUCCUGGGCUUAGAGCAGACGGCAAAUAGUAUACCUCUUGACCAAUACACCUUUCCAAAAAAGACGGUUCUGGUUCUUGGUCGUGAAAAGGAGGGCAUACCCGUAGAUAUAAUCCAUGUUCUAGAUGCUUGUGUUGAGAUUCCUCAGUUAGGAGUUGUUAGAUCGCUCAAUGUUCACGUCAGUGGUGCAAUUGCUCUCUGGGAAUAUACCCGACAACAAAGAUCACAAAAGUCCUGAUGUUCUUGAUAUUGAUUCUAUUUCUCCCAAUGCUAAAUUGGGUUCCAAGUUUCACACAGAUCUUGAUUGAGAGUUUGAGACAUCCUCCAAAUUGUGGCUGCUCAUUGAUUUUGAAUUAAUGACUUUCUGGGUUUUCUUUCAUUGGACAAUUUUGGAAAUUACAUAUUAUAAAUUCUUAUUGGAAAGAUGUAUAUUUUUGUCAAACUAUUUAA